AUGCGUUUUCAACGGUCAAAUUUUGUUCUCUUAUUUUGGUUUUGGUAUUCAUUUAAUAAAUCUUUAAUUGCACAAGAACUAUCAAAAUCUUUACCGGACUUACCACGUUUAUGUGCAUACCAUCGUGAUCCAUCACAGUAUUAUCCAUGUGUUCUUAAUUAUAUUGGUCUUAAUAGUUGGUCUCUAUAUCGAUGUCCAGAUCCAUCAAAAUUUGAUGAAACUUCACAACAAUGUUUAGUGAAAAUGCCUGUUAAUGAUGCAUUUGAACAACUUGCUACAUCGUCGCCCAUUGAAAAUGCACAAUUUCAUCGUGUAGCUAGUUUUAUUAUAGGAUCAAAAUCACAAUCUAAUGAAAGUCAAGACUUACAAGAACAACAACAAGCAAGACUUGUCUCAUUACCGCCAACAAUUGAUAAAUUAAUGGAUUCAUUUUCUAUGCAAAAAUUUUCACAUCAUAAACGAGCUGAACGUGAUACAUCAGAACAAUCCUCGGGUAUAAUAUGGUCUCAUGGUUAUCCACUGAUGAAAAUAGAUAACAGACCAAUUGUUGAAGAAGACUUAUCAAUUAACUCGAAAUCAGAUCAACCGUAUGGUAGAUCCCAUCAUCAUCAUCAUCCUCCUCCUCCGGUUAAUGAAGACGAGCUUAAAUAUAAGAAAAUUUGUUAUUUUACAAAUUGGGCUCAAUAUCGACCUGUUCCAGGUAGAUUCGAACCUGAAAAUAUUGAUCCAUUUCUUUGCACACAUAUUAUAUAUGCAUUUGCUGGUAUUAAUAAUCAAACAUUGUUAAUAACAAAAUUAGAAGAAAAUGAUGAAGAUCUUUAUCAACGCGUCAAUGCAUUAAAAAAUCGAAAUCCAAAAUUAAAAACGUUACUUGCUGUUGGUGGCUGGAAUAUGAAAUCUUAUGCAUUUUCAUACAUGAUACAUGAUAGUCAAAAACGACAACGCUUUGUUUUUGAUACCAUCAAUUUUCUUCGUAAACAUAAUUUCGAUGGUUUAGAAGUUGAUUGGGGAUAUCCUGGUGUACGUGGUGGUCAAUAUGAUGAUAAAUAUUAUUUAACAUUAUUUCUCGAAGAAUUUCAAGAAGCAGCAAUGGCUCAAUCUAUCAUAAUAGGACAAACACGAUUAUUAUUAGGAGCCAUAGUAGCUGCCAAUGAACAUAUUGUUUCCAAUGGUUAUGAAAUAGAAAAAAUAACAAAAGUCUUAGAUUUUAUCAAUAUUAUGACAUAUGAUUUUCAUGGUUCAUGGCAAAAUUAUACAGGACUUAAUGCGCCAUUAUAUCGACGUUAUGAUGAAUAUGAAUCUGAUCCAACACUUAAUCAAGAUUUUGGUAUGAGUAUAUGGUUAAGAAAUGGUGCACCUGCUCAUAAACUUGUUCUUGGUGUUCCAUUAUUUGCUCAAAGUUUCUUAUUAGCACGAUCAGAACAAAAUGAACUCAAUUCGCCAACAGUUGGAAAUGGAACGAAAGGUCCAUUUACACGUACGGCUGGUUUUCUUUCGUAUUUUGAAGUUUGUCUAUUACAAAUGGAUCCUGAUUGGCAAAAACGUACGGUACCAGACGGUUCCGAGUCUGAAUACAUGUUUAAAGAUCGUGAAUGGAUCUCAUACGAAACACUUGAUAACAUUCGAAAACGAGCUGCUUAUGUUGUUGCUAAUAAUUUAGGUGGAAUGUUUGUUUGGUCUCUCGAUAUGGACGAUUUCAAUGGAGCAUUUUGUAACAAUGGUACAUAUCCAUAUAUUAAAAAUUCAUUAGCACUUUUACCAACAAACCUGCCAUCAUAUAUUUAA